CGGGACGCGGCGGCGGCAACAGCGUCUGGGCGGGAGCGAGAGGAGCCGCCGGCUUCAGUGCCGGAGAGGCACCGGAGGGGAGAGGAGCCUGGCGCUGUCCGCGCAACUGCUGGUGCUGAACCUGCCUCUCCAAAAGCCCCGCCUGGGAAGGCAAGGCAGGCGCCUCCUCGCCCUUCGCCCUCUUCCAAGUUGUCCUACGGAAGCGGAGACUCUUUCUCCCGCUCUCCAGCCCUCCGCUGCUUCCACGUUGGGAUUUCGUCGCACCUUUUUCUCUCCCGGACUGUUGCCCUGUUUGCCCUCUCUUCUUGGUCUUUAUUAUUAUUAUUACUGUGGUUGCUCAACGGACAAACCGAAGGAGAGCAGGAGCUUUCUUCUUGCCCAAUUGGAGGACUUUUUGUGACUCUGGCAUCAGACAGAAGAUCUUGAAAAGAUGUUUAUCUGGUGGACAAUUGUUUCUUUCCUUGGAUGCAUUUUACUGGGUGCAGAAGGAUGGCCAGCAAAAGAAGGCUAUGAUUUCAAACCCUACCAAUCUUUUAUACGAUUACGUCACAAGCAAGAAAAGAGUCCAGAGAAUUCAAGAAAUAAAGGAUACGUGAGUCAUGACGUGCCUCUUAGAUCCUGUGAAAAUAAGUAUUGUGGUUUGGGUAGGCACUGUAUUGUUAACAGAGGAACAGGACAAGCAGAAUGUGUCUGCAUGGAACACUGCAAACCACAUUACAAGCCUGUUUGUGGAUCUGAUGGCGAAUUCUAUGAAAAUCACUGCGAAGUACACAGAACAGCCUGCCUGAAAAAGCAAAAGAUUACCAUUGUUCACAAUGAAGAUUGCUUCUUCAAAGGGGACAACUGUAAGUCUGUUGAUUACAACAAGAUGAAAAAUCUUCUGCUGGAUCUACAAAACCGAAGAUACAUGCUACAAACAAGGGAAAGAAGUUUUGAAGACAAAAUGGCUUUGAAGAAAUUACUGGUGGAUCAGAUGUUUAAAUAUUAUGACUCGGACAACAAUGGUCUUGUGGAUAGCAAUGAACUAGCACAGGUAAUAAAACAGGAUGAACUUGGCAAAGAUCUCUCUGACUGUUCCCUUUUCGAUCUGUUGAAAUAUGAUGAUUAUAACAGUGACAAGCACCUAUGCCUAGAAGAAUUCUAUCGAGCAUUUCAAGUAAUUCAACUGAGUCUGCCAGAAGAUCAGAAAAUAAGCAUCACUACAGCAACAGUAGGACAAAGUGCAGUACUAAGUUGUGCCAUUCAGGGAACCUUGAGACCUCCUAUCAUCUGGAAAAGGAACAAUGUUGCUCUGAACACUUUAGAUUUGGAAGACAUCAAUGAUUUCGGUGAUGACGGGUCCUUAUAUAUUACUAAGAUUACUACAAGUCACAUGGGAAAUUACAGCUGCUAUGCAGAUGGUUAUGAUAAACUCUAUCAGAUUCAUAUUCUUCAAGUGAACGUUCCACCGGUCAUACGAGUCUUUCCUGAAAGCCAAGCCAGGGAGCCAGGUGUGACGGCUAGCCUUCGAUGCCAUGCGGAGGGCAUUCCCAAUCCAGUGCUUGGUUGGUUGAAAAAUGGAAUUGACAUAACACCAAAGUUAUCCAAACAGUUAACUCUUCAAGCAAAUGGGAGUGAAGUCCACAUAAGCAAUGUACGUUAUGAAGAUACUGGAGCAUACACUUGUAUUGCAAAGAAUGAAGCGGGAGUGGAUGAAGACAUUUCUUCACUUUUUGUGGAGGAUUCUGCACGAAAGACACUUGCAAACAUAUUGUGGAGAGAGGAAGGUCUGGGAAUUGGGAAUAUGUUCUAUGUAUUUUAUGAAGAUGGAAUCAAAGUGAUACAACCGGUAGAAUGUGAAUUCCAGAGACAUAUUAAGCCUACUGAAAAGCUCCUUGGAUUUCAGGAUGAAGUUUGUCCUAAAGCUGAAGGAGAUGAAAUUCAACGGUGUGUCUGGGCAUCUGCUGCUAAUGUAAAAGACAAGUUCAUAUAUGUAACUCAACCCACCCUAGACAGAGUACUGAUUGUUGAUGUACAAUCACAGAAGGUGGUUCAGGCAGUAAAUACAGAUCCAGUUCCAGUUAAACUUCACUAUGAUAAAUCACAUGACCAAGUAUGGGUGCUUAGUUGGGGAAGCUUUGAUAAGCAUUCUCCUACACUACAGGUAAUAACCCAGGCCAGCGGAAGUAUAUCUCAUCAUACUAUUCAUACACAACCUGUGGGCAAGCAAUUUGACAGAGUGGAUGACUUUUUCAUUCCAUCCACAAACCUUCUCAUCACUCAUAUAAGGUUUGGAUUUAUUCUUCACAAAGAUGAGCCUCUACUCCAGAAGAUUGAUCUUGAAACCAUGUCAUACAUCAAGACAAUUGGUUUAAGGGAUUACAAUUGUGUUCCAAAAUCUCUGGCUUACACACACCGUGGAGGAUAUUACUUUAUCAACUGUAAGCCUGACACUACCGGAGCUGUUCCGCCUCAGCUAAUAGUGGACAGUGUCACCGAUUCUGUUAUCGGAUAUAAUGGGGAUGUCACAGGAACUCCAUAUAUUUCUCCAGAUGGUCACUAUCUAGUCAGCAUUGAUGAUGUGAAAGGUCUCAUGAAGAUCCAGACCUUUACAGAUAGAGGAGAAAUACAGGAUGCCUUUGACAUUCACACCAACUUGCACAUAUCUGAUGUAGCUUUUCAAGCAUCAUUUACUGAAGCCCAUCAAUAUAAUGUCUUUGGUAGCUCUACAACGCAAACUGAUGUGCUCUUUGUAGAAUUGUCCUCUGGCAAGGUGAAGAUGGUGAAGAGUCUUAAGGAACCUCUCAAGCCAGAUGAAUGGCCUUGGAACAGUAAGAACCGGUUAAUUGAAGGCAGUGGUCUCUUUGGUCAAUACCUGAUGACACCUUCCAAGGAAUCCUUGUUUAUACUAGAUGGACGACUGAACAAGCUAAAUUGUGAAAUCACUGAAGUUGAGAGAGGAAACACAGUAAUUUGGGUUGGAGAAGCAUAAGAACCAUAUGAAAUAACAGCUGAGUGAAUAGUUUUACAGUACAUUGCACUUAAUGUCAUCCUCUAAAUUGUCACUUUUCUUUCUUUUUAAAAAAAAGUUAGACCUCUCUGUUGUGUGGUUGACCACGAUGCAAUUUUGAUGAAAUAAAAGAUGCAGAAAUUGUGAAUAAGCAUUAUGUGUAAUGAUGAUCUCUUAGAACAAAUUUGCCAACCUAAAUUUAUAAUAUUUUCCUCAGUAUAUGAGGAAAUGAUGCCACAUACCCUAACAUGCCACAUGUCAAAAUGAAAUAUUUUUGAAGAAUAAUAAUAAUGAUGUUAUUGUUGUUAUUAUUCAUUCAGAUUUAUUGAAUACCUAGGUGACACAAUGUGCACAAAUUUAGGCUUCCUAUACAGAAACAUUCUGCCCUGUCCACUAUUCAAUGUUUUUGUGCCUUGAAGGGAAAUGUCUCAUAAGGAAAGAGAAGUCUAAGAAAUAUGUAAUUAUAUUCCCAUUGUGGCUACAGGCUUUCUUUUUCCUCUCAAAAGAAGCUUUUGAUAUCUCAAGUUUUUCAUCUCCAUCAGGUUGUAAAGCAUGGUUUUAAGACAAAGGGAAAAAUACAUUUGCAGCAUAUUGUCUUGUCAUUUUUUAUUACUACAGUUUGAGGACAUAGUUUUUAUUGCCGGAUUUAAACAUUCUCUUAACUGCUCAUAGAACUUUGGCGCUUCUUUUUGUAGCAGUGUUAGGCAAUGGUUUAUUUCCCCGCCUGUAAAGGAGUUGCAUCAACAGGGAAUCUCAGUUCUAUGAAGAGAAAACAACAUAUGUCUCUACUUAGGAAAAACUGUUUUUUGUCAAACUAAUACCAAGCUUCACUUACACUGGCAAGAAAACUGUUAUUUUUAAAAGAACAAUUUCUUACUAGAGGUGCAUUUUUAAAUAAUCUGUAUAACAGUAGGACUUACACUGCAAUCCUAUACAUUUCUAUUCAGAAUUUCAUGGGACUUAUUCCCAAGUAAAUGGAUAUAGGAUUGCAACCUUUCAAAGAUGGAAAUUAAUAGCACAAUCCUAUACAUACCUACUCAGAAACAAAUCCUAUUGAGUUACAUGCUUCUUAUUUCCAAAGGGAAAUAAAACUACAGCUUUAGGCAGACCCUUAAACUCCUUAUAGAAGUAAAGCCUAUUAAACUCAAUGAGACUAACCACUAAGUAAAUUGUUUAGGAUCACUUUGCUAGAGGUACAAACUUUAUGUGUACACUGUUUGUCAAAUACCUGCUUUUCGUCAAUACUUUUGAUAAAACUCAGUAAACUUUUCUAUCCCACUUCUGCCAUUAGAUUUCAAUGUAUUCUCAUUCCAUAUUGUUUCCUUUUAUUUCACGAGUUACCACUUUAGUUUUGGACAUUGCUUCUGUAUACAUCUACCUAGGAAUAAUAAGGGUUCUAAAAUUUAGAAUCAGUGUAGCCACUAGAAUGAGGAAAAAAGUAUCUGCACUUAACCAAGAAAGUAGUAAAACAGUUUCUUCAAUUUCAAUUUUUUUAAAAUGUGGGUUUAAUUAUUACUCUUACAUAACUAAAAUGGGUUGUUGUUUCUUUUACUCAAGCAGGCUGUGAAAUUGAUCUCUGUUUAUUCAGUGCAGUCAGAACUGUUUCUCUUUGUUUACUCAAAUGUGUAAAGCUGCUUAGAAAUUUAAAAUUUUCUAGCAUUGUAUUUUCUUGUAUGUAAUUAGCAUCCUGCACUAUGAUACAGUAGAAUUCUUUCUUCUUUUUUUGCAUAAAGAAACUGGCAGGUAGAUUUGGUUGAACAAAAGAACUGACAUUUCCAGCCACUGAAUCCUUUUAACAAUUUCCCCAUUGUGAGCAAAAGCAAAAAAAAACCAAACCAACAUAAAACCCAACAACCAUGUAAACUGUCUUUUAUUCAAUGAUUUCCAGUAGUCCAUCACUUCUACAUUUUCUUCUCUAUCUUAUGCCAUGUGGAUGUUCUGUAUGUAGAAAAUGCUUGAUAAAAGGAAAAUAAACCCCUUACAUUUUAAA